GCAGGAUGCCCAACUGGGGAGGAGGAAAGAAGUGUGGCGUGUGCCAGAAGGCAGUCUACUUCGCCGAGGAGGUGCAGUGUGAAGGCAGCAGCUUCCACAAGUCCUGCUUCUUGUGCAUGGUCUGCAAGAAGAACUUGGACAGCACCACUGUUGCCGUGCAUGGAGAGGAGAUCUACUGCAAGUCCUGCUAUGGCAAGAAGUAUGGCCCCAAGGGCUACGGCUACGGGCAGGGAGCAGGGACCCUGAGCACGGACAAGGGCGAGUCUCUGGGCAUCAAAUAUGAAGAGGGCCAGCCCCACCGACCCACCAAUCCUAACGCAUCCAAAAUGGCCCAGAAAGUCGGAGGUGCUGAUGGGUGCCCUCGCUGUGGUCAAGCGGUGUAUGCAGCUGAGAAGGUGAUUGGAGCUGGAAAGUCCUGGCACAAGUCCUGCUUCCGCUGUGCCAAGUGUGGCAAAAGCCUGGAGUCCACCACCCUGGCAGACAAAGAUGGGGAGAUCUACUGCAAAGGUUGCUACGCCAAGAACUUCGGUCCCAAGGGCUUUGGCUUUGGGCAAGGUGCCGGGGCACUCGUGCACUCGCAGUGAGGCACCAGGAGCCAGGCUCUCCGCUCGCUCAGGGCUCGUCCAGACCAGCCUGUGCUGCCCGACCCUUCCCGUGCCCGCCGUGAGCAUCCUCACCGUCAUGGAUAACCACCCGCUGCUUCGCAGCACCAGCCCCUUCCUCCCUGCCCUGACCCAGCGCACCCCGAAGC